GCAUGAUAGUUGUUCGUUUUAUGAAGAUUUAAAUACGUGCCUCGUACAUUAUAUAAAUCUGAUACAUAUUGUUGAAUAAUAAUUUAAUAAUUACAAAUAUAAUAUUGCAAUUAUAAAGUUAGUAUGGCAAAUCAAAACAGGAUAAAUAAUUACACACUUUAUUAUUUACAUGAAUUUCAUUAUAUAUUAUGAUCAAAUGUUAUCUUUUUAGAAAAAAACAAAAAUAAUAAAAAAGAAAAUAAAAAUAUCUUAUAUUAAAGACGCAAGUAAAAUUAAAAUAUAUAUAUACUAGUUAAAUAUAAUUAAUUAUACAUAUUCCGAUAAUACCUUAUAAGAAUCUAAAGAAGUCAGUAUUCUACAUAACAAGAAAAUCCUAUAGCAAUAUAAAGUGUGCAGCUAAAAUGUAGUCGCAUUUCUCGUGGAGUUUUGCAAGAGCAGUUCUAUUCUGUGUUGUUUCUUUUAGGAUAUAAAAGAGAUAAGUUCUUUAAUAUCUUCAUAACUUCACAGUUAUGGCGAUAUUCAGUCGCUCCUUCUUCUUUAUCUCUGUCCUCCUUUGCUUAAUUCCUCUGUCAUUAUAUGCCCAACUCGAUCAACCAGUCGGCUACGGUUACAGGGUUGAUUAUGUUACUGAUAAUCUACCAGGCAAGUCAUUGGCAGCUGAGCUUACCCUGAUCAAGAGCUCUUCUGUUUAUGGACCUGAUAUUCAGAAUCUUAAUCUUUUUGCCAGCUUCGAAACAAAGGAUCGUCUCCGAGUCCGAAUUUCAGAUUCUGAUAACAAGAGAUGGGAAAUCCCGAAAGAAAUCAUUCACCGCCACAUGUACCACCAUCACAGGUUAAUGGGACAGAGACACCCUCCCUCAGUUACAAACUUGGUCCUCUCCAACCCCAGCUCAGACCUUGUUUUCACCCUCCACGACACUGACCCUUUUGGCUUCUCCAUUACCCGCAAAUCCACUGGCGAUGUUCUCUUUGAUGCAUCCCCUGCGGAAUCUGGAGAUCCAAGCACUUUGCUGGUCUUUAAGGACCAGUAUAUCCAACUUACAUCUUCACUUCCUCAGAAUAGGUCUAACCUCUAUGGCCUUGGAGAGCACACAAAGAGUACCUUUAAAUUAAAGCCUAAUCAGACCCUGACUUUGUGGAAUGCUGACAUUGCAAGUUCAGUUAAGGAUCAAAAUCUUUAUGGAUCCCACCCAUUCUAUAUGGAUGUCCGAUCACCCUCUGACGAUGGCAGAGUGCCUGCAGGAUCAACUAAUGGGGUUUUACUGCUGAACAGCAAUGGAAUGGACGUGGUUUAUGGAGAUGAUAGGAUUACUUUCAAGGUCAUAGGUGGUGUUAUUGACUUAUAUUUUUUCUCUGGACCCUCGCCAGCCAUGGUGAUAGAACAGUACACAAGGCUUAUUGGUAGGCCUACACCUAUGCCUUAUUGGUCAUUUGGAUUUCACCAAUGUCGAUAUGGGUACAAGAACACUGCUGACAUUGAGGAAGUGGUUGAUGGCUAUGCAAGACAUGGCAUUCCUCUUGAAGUGAUGUGGUCAGAUAUUGAUUACAUGGAUGCAUACAAGGAUUUCACUCUUGAUCCCACUAAUUUUCCUGUGAAACGAAUGCAAAAUCUUGUUAACAAUCUUCACAGGAAUGGUCAGAAGUAUGUGGUUAUUGUUGAUCCUGGUAUUGGUGUUAAUAAUACCUAUGAGACAUAUAUUAGAGGGUUAAAAGCUGACAUAUACAUUCAACGUGAUGGUGUUCCUUACCUGGGAGAAGUUUGGCCUGGAUCAGUCUACUUCCCUGACUUUUUGAACCCAAGAACAAAUUUUUUUUGGCAUGCAGCAAUCAAGAGAUUUCGAGAUAUUCUACAUACUGAUGGAAUUUGGCUUGACAUGAAUGAGCUAUCCAACUUCAAUACUUCUGACCCUACUCCACUUUCUACUCUUGAUAAUCCUCCUUACCAGAUUAACAAUGCAGGAUGCCAGAGGCCACUUAAUAAUAAGACGAUUCCAACAACAUGUCUACAUUAUGGUAAUGUUACAGAAUAUGAUGUCCAUAACCUGUAUGGACUGUUGGAAUCCAGAACAACUCAUGAGGCCUUGAUUAGAAUGACUGGUAAAAGGCCAUUUGUACUCACUAGAUCUACUUUUGUAAGUUCUGGAAUGUAUGCAGCUCACUGGACAGGAGACGUUGCCUCCACUUGGGAUGAUUUAGCUAACUCAAUUCCAUCCAUUCUGAACUUCGGACUUUUUGGAAUACCAAUGGUUGGUGCUGAUAUCUGCGGUUUUACGGGUAAUACUACUGAAGAACUCUGCCGCCGUUGGAUUCAGGUAGGUGCUUUUUAUCCGUUUGCAAGAGAUCACUCGAACGUAAAAUCUAUCCGUCAGGAGCUCUAUCUGUGGGACUCAGUUGCUGCAUCGGCUAGGAAGGUUCUUGGUCUUCGCUACCGACUACUUCCAUACUUCUAUACGUUAAUGUUCGAGGCGCACGCAAAAGGAACGCCCAUAGCAAGGCCUCUUCUCUUCUCAUUCCCUGAAGAUGUCGACACUUAUGAGAUCAAUUCACAGUUCUUGAUUGGAAAGGGUGUGAUGGUAUCACCAAUAGUAGAGGCAAAUGUGAUUGCAAUGGACGUAUACUUCCCUAAAGGGAACUGGUUUAGCCUCUUUAACUACUCCGACUCGAUCAGUGUGAAAUCAGGGAGGUAUGUCCUGCUUGAUGCACCAGCUGAUUGUCCCCAAGUUCAUGUAAAGGAAGGUACUAUUUUGGCUAUGCAAGGGGAAGCAAUGACAACCCAAGUUGCUCGAAAGACGCCAUUCCAUCUCUUGGUGGCUGUCAACAGCAAUGGGCAGACUACCGGGGAGCUAUACUUAGAUAGUGAAGAUGAAUUGGAGAUGGCAAGGGGAAAGGAUUGGACGUUUGUCAGAUUCAAAUGUGAAAAAGAAGGGGACACUGUGUCGCUUAAAUCAAAGGUUAAGAAUGGAAGAUAUGCAUUGAGUCAGAAUCUGAUAAUAGAUAUGGUGACCUUCAUAGGAUUGGAGAAGGCUCAGGAUGUGAAAUCACAUAAGAUAGACAUAACAGAAGGAUCAAAUUUGAGUGAAGCGUCAGUUCCAGAGGCUUACACAGAGAGCAGUGAACAUUUUCGAACUGUUAAAAUAACAGGACUGUCAUUACCAGUAGGAAAGGAGUUCAAGUUGGAUCUCGGAAUGCAAUUCUGAAAGUGCCCUGGAUUUGUGGUAUAAACAAGCCCAAUUUGUAGAUAAGCUCCUCCCUUUGCUUAGAAUAAAAUUUUCUAGAACUGAUCUUAGUUGAAGUUUGUAUUUUGACUUAAUUAGUUUCUUUCUGUUAAAUAUAUCAGUAGGUCUCUAAGAAAUAGAUUGCAAGUAAUUGAACAGCCAAGAAAGAGCUGUUCCCAUUUCCUGGAAAGUUUUUGCAGACCUAAGAUAAGUAUGUUAAAUUUGACUGGAUUAGACAUAUUUAUAUAUCUGUGAUGCUACAUCCAUUGUAUUGUACAAGAACAUAGGUCCAUCCAUGGAAAUUGGAUAAAAAUUCUUGUAUUGGUCU